AUGGCCCGCUUGUCGCAAGUGGAGACCAAAGUGAACCUUAAACUCCCACUAUCUCUCCAGCAGACCAUCACGGCCGUGCAGCAGCUCUCCAGCGGGAAAGCACCCAGAUCGGACGCGAUUCCUUCUGACGUUUACAAGCACGGAGGUCCCCAACUGAUGGAUCACCUGACUGCACACUUCCAGGAGACGUUUCGUCAAGGCGAAGUCCCGCAAGAUUUCAAAGACGCAACGAUUGUGCAUCCAUGCAAAAGAAAAGGAAACCGCCAAAUCUGCGACAAUCACCGCGGCAUCUCCCUACUGAACAUCGCCGGGAAGAUCUUCUCUUGCAUCCUUCUCAACCGCCUCAAAAACCAUCUCGAACAGGGUCUACUACCGGAAAGCCAAUGCGGCUUCCGCCAACGUCGUGGGACUACGGAUAUGAUCUUCGCCGCUCGUCAACUUCAGGAUAAGUGCCAGGAGAUGCGAACCCACCUGUACUCUACCUUCGUGAACCUGACAAAAGCGUUCGACACGGUGAAUCGUGAAAGGCCGUGGAAGAUCAUGCAGAAAUUCGGCUGUCCCUAG